GUUCUCAUAUCUUAAACCCAAACCUGGAUUUCCAAGGCAGCCUGCAAACCACGAAUCCAGCAGAAAUCUCUCUAUCAAACCUCCCAACAAAAACCCAUCUUUUUUUCUUUGCCAUUGAAACCCUAAAUCCUGCUGUUUAUCUGCUCCCGCCUCUCCAAGAAUGCAUAAAUCCCUCUCAUCUUGACCCCCUAAACAGGGAGGUUUCGUCUCAGAAAUCCUUUUCCUGAAUUGGGUUUUCCUCAGACAUGGCGGAGAUAUCAUCUCUCAUGGCAUCUGCCACGUUCCCUGGGAUUUUCCACCAAGAACAAGGCAUCUGCAGGGCUUCCAAGGAUUUUCAACCCCUUUCACCGACUCACGGCACCAGACCGGAGAUUCUGAGAUCAUGUUGCUUGAGGCUGGGGCCACCUCGGCUUGAGAAUUCAUGGAAAUCCGCAUGCCCUUUAGCAGAGUCCAACCAGUCAAUCAUGCUUGCUUCAACUGUCAAGAAACCUGUACUUGUGGAUGUGCAAGAUACUCGCCCUGACUCAGUACUCUUUAGCUUUGGGAUAGCGGAACAGUGUGCGAAACAGGAAAAGAUCUUGCAAUAUCUCAUGUCAGGAUCUAAAGCAGAACGGGGACUAAAUAUUUCGCUACUAUCCGACCUGAUGGGACUUGAUACAGUGGCUAUUGACAUGCCCCAUUUGUCAGCAGCUGAUGGCGAAUUUUCUCCUUAUGAUGUUGGUGGUGACGAUGCUCAUCAGACUUCCCUGAUCUAUCCAGGGAGUGGGUUUUAUGUUCCGAAGCUUCUUUUGGAUCUUGUUGGGGAUUUGGCCCCUAGUUCGAUGAUUACAGUACAUCCAGAUGGUCGAGUCUUGUUCACAGCCACUGGGGCUGAUGUGAAGGAUCUACUUUCAAUGGUUGCGGAGUUUUACCCCUUGAAGACCUCAACUAUAUGUAGCAAGAAAUCAGUAUUGGUGCCACACUUUCCCCGAACGGACAGUGCAGGCGCACAAGCCAAUGUCUGCGGAUCGUCUCUGAAGCUACAAACUUUGACUGUUGCACCCAUAAAGAGCCCCGAGAAGAUCAAGCUGAAACCAUUACCAAGGAAAAAGCAAAGCAAGAAAUCAGGCAGGGAGAGGGACCUCUAUAGAAAGAGCUACUUCCAUGCAUGUGAAAGCCUUCUAUCUGUACUCCUCAAUAAACGGAGGGGGAAGAUGGCAAUCCUUUCGCUGAAGAAAUCUGGACCAGAACUCCCUCAACUCCUGACCCAAUUCUCAGUCGGGAUCGCUGGGACCGGCCUUGCCGUCAUCUUCUCUGUCUUCUGUAAGGUCGCAGGUGGAAGAGUGCCGUUUUGUGCCACCAAGCUGCUGAAUACUGGAUUUGGGCUAGGACUGGUCUGGCUUUCGUGGGCAUUCAACCACUUUAGAGAUACAAUCGUCUAUGUCAGCAAGAAUUCAAGCAGGGUGGUUUUGAAUGAGGAUGAGAUUGUGAGGAAAGUCGAUAGAAGUGUGAAUGAGAUUUUCUUCAGGGCUGUGACGUUAAUGGCGGUUGCAGUGCUGAGGUUUGCAUGAGUAAAAAGGCAAGGAGAUUUUGGAGUUGGGUUUUUCCUUUUUCCUACCAUAAGCUAAAGGUGUGAAAAUCUUGGGACAUGGGUACUUUUCUAACCUUAGUUUUAUGGCAGUUGAUGUGUUUAGGUGGGUGGGGUACACAUUUAAGUGGUAAUCAGGAGCAUGUAACGAUACAAUAAGGCUUUGUAUAUGGUAGUUUGGCUUCUGGUUGAA